AUGAAAUUGCCAGUGAAAUCUAUCGCCAUGCUCGCAUUCGUUUCUAAGCCAUCGGAAUCGAUAAUCCGCGGCAAAUAUUUCACGGAUCAGUACAUGGCUCGCCCUCGUCUUCUUUUCAGAGCCCACCGUGACGAUUCCCACAUGUUUCAGUCAUGCUCUCAGGAGGAUCCGUCUUAUGAUCAUGAGGGAGUAAACAGUGGUUUGAAUCCGAAUCUACGAUAUGUAUUUUCUCCACCAAUCCGGGGCUUGAUCUGCGGUCGACACGAGUCUGACGUGUUGGUUGGGAAUCCGAGCACAGGUGAUCAAGAAAAAGCAUGGAGAAUGGUCAAAUGCAAGCAUCCUCAUCGUCUUCCUUGUGAAGUGAAAGGUGUAUUCGUGAAUGGUGUUGUGUAUUACUAUGCUUAUGUCAAGAGUGAAGGAUCUAUAAUAAGCUUUAAUCUCAACUCUGAAGAGUUUAAUGUCAUUAGGUUACCUGAGGAUCUCCGAUUUGUGCAUGAGUUUUCGUAUGAUCUUGUGAACUACAACGGAAAUGUAGCUUUAGCGAGCACGUGUUUUGACGAUACACUUGACCUACGGAUUCUUGAUGCCAGCAAACAAGAAUGGUCUAAUGCUUCUGUUGAUGUUCCUUCUUGGAGAGAUUUAAUCACUUAG